UAAGUUAAAAGAGACCUGAAUCAUCUCAUCUGAAUGCAAUUAAAUUACCAAUUUUCUUUUUAUCAUACCUUUUUUUUACUUGUUGUGUAGGCAAGUAGUAAAACUCUUAUAAUCAUUGAAGUACACAAGAAACACCAACUCCAAAUCAUUUCCAAAGGAUAAAUAAUUUUCCCUUUUCAAGACUUCACAUAAUUGUCAAUGGCUCCAUGAUUAUCAUAGUCUACCUUGUGCUUUUAGAAUGGUGAGAAGAUUCUCUUUCUCAUGUCAUAGCUGUACCACCCACUAAUACAAAAACCAUAGUAUAAAAUCUCUUCAUUCUUUGCUUACAAAAUUCUUUUUUUAUAGCUCAUUGUUGUCUUAUUAACUGUUCUUUUCUUACUUGCUACCAAAUUUACUUUUUUUUUUCAAAGUCUGAAAUAUUUCUCACUGCAUAACUUUGCUUCAUAAUUUUGAUCUUUACAAUUUUGGAAUCUUACAUAGACAAUACAUAUAUUUCUUUAAUUCAGAUUUGGUAUUCCAUCAGUUUCCAGUUUCUAGUUAAAGAAAUUAACUUUUCCAUUGUCCAUUGUUCAACUGGGUCUUGAAGAAAAGUAUAAAAAAAUUAAUUUUUUUUAUAUAUCUUCAAAACCCCAUUUGAGUAUUAGAAGAGUAAUGCAUAUUGAACCUACCAAAGCAACAAAAAAUGGCAAAUCUAGUUCCUGGGGUGCUACUAAAAUUAAUGCAGCACAUGAACACAGACAUAAAAGUUGGUGGUGAACAUAGAUCAUCAUUGUUACAAGUUGUGAGCAUUGUUCCAGCACUAGCAGGUGGAGAUUUGUUUACAAAUCAAGGCUUUUAUGUUAAGGUUUCUGAUUCAUCACAUGCCACUUAUGUCUCUCUCCCUGAUGAACAUGAUGAUCUAAUCCUAAGUGACAAGAUUCAGUUAGGCCAGUUUGUUUUUGUUGAUCGGUUCGAAGCUGCUUCGCCUGUUCCGAUUCUUCGUGGUGUUAGGCCUGUUCCUGGAAGACAUGCUUGUGUUGGAACACCUGAAGAUAUUGUUGCAACUAACUCACUUGGUUUUCUUAGCAAUGCUUCUGAGGUUAAGGUUAAGAGGAAUGGUGUUUGUUCCAAGUCCUCUCCAAUGAAAGUGUUGGAGAAUCAUCAAGAACAAGUUGAUAAGAAAUCAAUGGUUUUAGGUAGAUGUAAAUCUCAGACAGCAAAAGAUUCUGUUGUUGAUUUUGUGAAGAAGGAAAAGUUAACAAGAUUGAAGUCAUUGAAUUCAAGGGCUAUUGUUCCUUCUUCACCCACUAGUUGCUAUUCUUUACCUACUUCUUUUGAGAAAUUUUCUAAUGGAGUUAAGCAACAAGGAAAUAUCAAUGGAGUGGAUAGGCUAAUUGCUAAGGUGGGAGUGGUGGAGACAGGAAAGGGUGUUCGCGGCGUUAGUCCUCUUGGGAAGAGAAUGGCAGUUGGAAAUUCAAUCAGAAAUUUGGUUCAAGGAAUUGAGCUUGGUGCUAAGGCGUUGCGGAAAAGCUGGGAAGGGAACAUGGAAGUUAAGAAUAAUAAAGAGACAUCCAAAUCAAGGGUAUCUUCUAAGUUUGAUUCUAAGCCUGAAUUUCGUAGCACAACUCCUAGGAAAAGUACAUCGAGUGAGAAGUUUACUUCUAAAGAUUAUGAGAGUAAGACACAAACACCAACCAAGUCCUCUAAGGAAGAAAACAAGAUUCAAAAAUCUAUAAAGAAAGUUAAUGGUGAUGGAAUUAUGGAAGAACAAGAAAAGGCAACAAAGCCAAGGAACUCUUUUGGAAAGAAAUCUUCAGAAGCCGGACUUCCUGGAAACUUUGUCAAGGUUUCAAUAAAUAGUAAAAAAGUGACAGAAGCAAGUGUUCAAUGGACUUCACUCCCUUCAUCUAUUGCGAAGCUUGGGAGGGAAGUAAUGAAGCACAGAGAUGCAGCACAGAUGGCAGCAACUGAGGCCAUGCAAGAGGCUGCUGCUGCUGACAGUUUGCUACAAUGUCUUAGUGUAUAUGCUGAGCUAAGUAAUUCUGCCAAGGAACAUAACCCUCAACAUACAAUUGAUCAGUUUUUAACUCUUCACACUAGCCUGAGUAGCGCGAAGAUGAUUUCAGAUUCCCUUUCUAAAACCAUUCCGGAUGGUUCAUCUCCAGAUAAUGAAAGAAUCACAACAGAAGAAGCACAGAAACUCAAAUCAGAUAGACAAAAACUUGCAGCUUCUUGGGUCCAAGCUGCCUUAUCCACCAACCUAUCAUCCUUUUCUGUUUAUAACCGAGAGCCUCAAUCGUCCAAGCUUCCUGUUUCAACUACAAGUAGUUCUCAAAAUCAAAAGAGUGUUCUUGGAAGUAAACCAAUUUUAGUCCUCGAAAAUUCAAGAGAAGACGCUUCAAUGAAAGCUAAUGGAAAAACUCGUCCAGCAGUAGCUAAUUCCAAACAAGCCUUGCAAGGAACUCCGCGCAAACAAGGUGAUGCAAUAUCAAAUCCAAAAAAGCAACUAGGUCAACAACCACUCCAAGAGUGGAUUAGAGGAAAUGACCUUGAUGCGGCGGUUAAUUUAGCCGACAUGCUGCAAUUGCGAUCACGAGACUGGUUUUUAUUGUUUGUUGAGAAAUUUUUGGAUAGUGAUGGAGACAUUGGUUUGUCAAACAAUGGUCAAAUAGCAGGCAUUCUCACUCAACUAAAAAGCGUCAACGAUUGGUUGGAUGAGAUAGGAUCGAGCAAGAACGAGGGAGAAUUGUGCCAGAUACCAACAGAGACAAUUGAUAGGCUCAGGAAGAAGAUAUAUGAAUAUCUUCUUACACAUGUUGAAUCUGCUGCUGCUGCACUUACUUGUGACUCACAGUCACAAUCAACAGAGAUUAAAGGCAAAAGGUGAUAUAUGAAUAUAUGAUGAAGUACAUAGCUUAGCUUAAGGAUGCAUUAUUAUGGUGGCUUGGAGGAAAUUUGGUCACCAAAAAAAAUCAAAAUUCUCUUUUCCACUUUUUUUUUGUACAUAAAUCCUACAUGGGUUUGAGGUAUAGUUGGAGUUCUGAUUAUUUAUUUGGGGAAACAAUAAAUGUGAAAUGUGAGGAUUUUGUUUUGUUUUCCUUUUACAAAGUUAUUGUAUGCUUUGAUGAUAUUUAUACAAAUUGAAACAAUAGAAGAUAUAAGAAGAAACUUUCUUUGUUA